UUGUAAAAUUAACAACGCAGAAAUGGAUAUACAAACAGUAAAUACUCGAAGAAAAAUACUAAGUCAAGUAGUUUCCAGUAUUUUAGUAGAGUGUGGUUAUGAUACGUGUGAGAAACUAGUAUUGGAAACACUCACUGAAAUGUUGCAGUCAUUUAUUGUGGAGAUUGGUGCUUCUGGAAGAAAUUAUUGUGAACUUUCUGGGAGAACAGAACCUCUUAUAGCAGAUGUGAUAUUGGCAUUAAUUAACAUGGGUAUAAAAUUAGAUAAUAUAGAAACUUAUGCAAAACGACAAAACAGGACAGUUCUGCCAAUGCUUCAACAGCAAACACAAGCAAAACAAUUGAACAUCUUGCAAGCUGGUGUUAAGCAAGGCCAUCCAUCGUAUAUACCAAGUUAUUUUCCAUCUUUUCCUGAUCCACAUGCGUAUAUUAGAACUCCGACACAUAAGCAACCAGUAACAGAAUAUGAAGCAAUCAGAGAAAAAGUAGCAACACAAAAACGAGAUAUUGAGAGAGCUUUAACAAGGUUUAUUGCAAAAACAGGAGAUACACAUAGUUUAUUUCUCACAGAAGACAAUAGCAUGUUUCCUUUAAUAUCUUGCAAACCACAAUUUCCGAGUUAUAUCUCUGCUCUUUUACCUCAAGACCAAAUAUUCGAACCAGAUUCAGAUUUUCAGUUCGAUUCAAAUCCCGUGAAAAAGAAAAAAGAGCAACAAAAUGAAGAAACAGAGGAAGGUAACCAAACACAAAACGAAAAUAUGGAGCAAAAUGGUGAAAUUAUUACUCAGCAAGAUGUUAUAGAUAAUCCAUAUUUAAGACCCGGAAAAAUUCCUAAAACUAAAAUACCAGGUACAACGAUAUCCGGACAGCACUCUGUUAAAAAAGAACUACUUGAAUGUUAAAUAUCAUGAUGUAACAUUAAUUACUGUAUAUACGUAAAAUCAGAUUCAAAAGUUCACUGCCGGUGUUUUUACGAAUUCUAACUGGAAACUCGAACACGUUUUA